UUUUUUUUUCUUUUGAGAUAUCCUUACCAAAAUUAAAUCCAUGUUGUUCUUUUUUUUCCUUUUUCUGGAGCAUGAAAUUAUCAUGCAAACCAAACAAACACUUCUCCAUUUCCUUUUUCUGUGUCAUCCAUGGCUUCCAAGAAACAUCUUAUUGCAUCUCCAUGGGCCAAAACAAAAGAAACUCAUUCCAACACAUUUACUACUAAUUCUUACUUAAGUUACUUUCUCCUUCUUUUAAUCCUUUUCUCUGUUUGGUUUCUUUUACUUUCUUGUUUUAGCUUUUCCUUUUCUUAUACUAAACACCUUCCUGUCCGCACUGCUACAAAUAUAAACUGCCCAGAAAACGUAUCACUAUAUUUGUAUCAACUGCCACUAGAAUUCAACUUGGGUCUUCUCCGCGACUGCUCCCAUCUGAAUAUUCACACUAACAUGUGUCCGCACGUAGCCAAUCAGGGCCUCGGUCAACCGCUCUCUACCACCAGCAGGGGAAGCUCCGCGAUAAAAAAAUUUCUGAAUUUACCUCUGACCGGCGCCAAUUGGUUCGCCACGAACCAAUUUGUUGCCGAGAUGAUCUUUCAUGCCCGCUUAGAAAACCACCCAUGUCGUACCAUGGACCCCGCUACUGCUAAUCUCUUCUACGUGCCUUUCUAUGGAGGUCUCCACAUGUCCAGCAUGUCUCGCGAAUCCAAUCUUACUGUACGCGAUGAGUUAGCCGUUCGAUUAAUAGAGUACAUUAAAAAUCAUCUUUGGUGGCAGAGGCAUCACGGUAGGGAUCAUUUUUUAGUCCUGGGGAGAACCGCGUGGGAUUUCAUGAGAUCCGAUAGUGGGCCAGACAUUGGAGCCAGCUGCCUCCUAAAUUUGCCACUUGUCAAAAACAUGACCGUGUUAACUCUAGAGAGACAGCCAUGGCGAGGGACCAACCAAUAUGGCAUACCGUAUCCUUCUUAUUUCCAUCCGUCCAGUGUCGUUCAGAUGCUGAUGUGGCAGCAAAAGAUGAGGCUAUCCAAGCGAAUCCACCUUUUCUCUUUUAUUGGCGGUGCACGGAAGGGAGUGGAGAAAGCAGCGAUCCGAGACCAGUUAAUAAGGCAAUGCGACGAGUCAACCCAGUGCAAGCUAUUGAAAUGCGGGAAUGAUGGUACAAGUAAAUGCCAUGAACCGAGUGAGGUGCUUAGAGUAAUGAGUCAGUCCGAGUUUUGCUUGCAAGCGCCGGGAGACUCGUUCACUAGACGAUCCACGUUUGACUCGCUGUUGGCGGGUUGCAUACCGGUGUUUUUCUCCCCGCACUCAGCAUACACCCAGUAUAGGUGGUAUUUGCCGGCGAAUGGGAAUGAGUAUUCGGUUUAUAUUGAAGGGAGUGAAAUUGAGAAGAGAAAGAUAGAAGAAGAGCUUUUGAAGAUUUCAAAGGAGAAAGUGGAGAGAAUGCGAAGGAGAAUAAUAGAGUUAAUGCCAAGUCUUACAUAUGCCCACCCCAAUGCUACUGAUGUUGGAUUCGAAGAUGCCAUUGAUGUUGCAGUUGCAGCACUUGCCAAACUUGUACGCGUCAAGAUAGGAGCUGUAGACUAAUUGCAUCUACUGAUUAAUACUCUUAUAUCUCCAUAUUAUUUUAAAAAAAAUUUUUUUUAAAGCAAUAGAACUCGUAUUCUAAUUAUUAAGAGUAAUUCUUUCCUUUCGAUAAAACAAUUUAAGUACAAGAGUAGAGUUUUUUUA